AUGGGGGGCAUGGGGGUGGAUCUUCUUACUGACAACACUGUGCAGCAGAAGACUCUCCCCACCUCCUCUCUCUACUCUCUCCUUUACCUUCAGACCCUCCCCACCUCCUCUCUCUACUCUCUCCUUUACCUUCAGACUCUCCCCACCUCCUCUCUCUACUCUCUCCUUUACCUUCAGACUCUCUUCAGCUCCUCUCUCUACUCUCUCCUUUACCUUCAGACUCUCCCCACCUCCUCUCUCUACUCUCUCCUUUACCUUCAGACCCUCUUCAGCUCCUCUCUCUACUCUCUCCUUUACCUUCAGACUCUCCCCACCUCCUCUCUCUACUCUCUCCUUUACCUUCAGACCCUCUUCAGCUCCUCUCUCUACUCUCUCCUUUACCUUCAGACUCUCCCCACCUCCUCUCUCUACUCUCUCCUUUACCUUCAGACCCUCUCCACCUCCUCUCUCUACUCUCUCCUUUACCUUCAGACUCUCCCCACCUCCUCUCUCUACUCUCUCCUUUACCUUCAGACCCUCCCCACCUCCUCUCUCUACUCUCUCCUUUACCUUCAGACUCUCCCCACAUCCUCUCUCUACUCUCUCCUUUACCUUCAGACUCUCCCCACAUCCUCUCUCUACUCUCUCCUUUACCUUCAGACCCUCUUCACCUCCUCUCUCUACUCUCUCCUUUACCUUCAGACCCUCUUCAGCUCCUCUCUCUACUCUCUCCUUUACCUUCAGACUCUCCCCAGCGCCUCUCUCUACUCUCUCCUUUACCUUCAGACUCUCCCCACCUCCUCUCUCUACUCUCUCCUUUACCUUCAGACCCUCUUCAGCUCCUCUCUCUACUCUCUCCUUUACCUUCAGACCCUCUUCAGCUCCUCUCUCUACUCUCUCCUUUACCUUCAGACUCUCCCCACAUCCUCUCUCUACUCUCUCCUUUACCUUCAGACUCUCCCCAGCGCCUCUCUCUCUACUCUCUCCUUAACCUUCAGACUCUCCCCACCUCCUCUCUCUACUCUCUCCUUUACCUUCAGACUCUCCCCAGCGCCUCUCUCUCUACUCUCUCCUUAA